UAGGAGGUAACAUCGUCUUUUCACUUUUGUCGGUAGAGUCAUGAUAAAGAUCAUUUUCCCUGAGUGGCAUAACAGCGGAAUUUUGACGAAAUGGGGCUGGAGAGCAUGGGUGUUUCUCUACUUUAUGGUCUCAGGUUCCUGCUGCCUGGUCACAGUUCACCAGCCCCCUGUGAUCACCGCUGCUCUGGGUCAUGAUGUCACCAUGCCGUGCCAGCUCAGCCUCUCCCCCGAUGAGACGUUGCUGACUGUGCCGGUUCUGUACUGGGUGUCAAUAUCACAGGACGCUGAGGAGCACAGACUGUGGAAACCUUCUGUGAUCUAUGAGGGACGUGUACAACUCCUCGACGAAAACCCAAACUCUUUAAACAAGUCCAUACUUCUCAAAAAUGUCCAGUGGGCAGAUAACAGGAAGUACAAGUGCAAACUCUCCAUCAACACAGAGAAGGCCAAAGGUUUCAGGAGUAAAGGAAACGAGACCUUAUUGACGGUUUACGACGCCAUGACCUUUAACCUCACCGCCCCCAACGACUCUCUGCUCCACUGUGAAAUAAACGUGACACGGGAACCUGGAUUCGUUUUGUCCAUUGUUCACAACGGACACAAAACACAAUCUGUCGACUCGGCUCCGGGAGUCCCUGUAGUGGCUCGGCCCUACGUCACCCUCUCUGAGACCAUCUCCCUGAGGGGUGGAGGAAAAUACGAGUGUCAGCUGCACCUGAAUAAAGAUCUGAUAACGAAAAGCAUCUUACACCUGCUUCUGCCAGGUGUGGUGGAGUAUCCAGAGCCGUGGCUCCUGUACGCGGCUCUCCUUCUGGUUCCUGUCACCUUCCUGCUGGUUCUGGUACCUGUCCUGCUGUGCAGAUGCUGAGUCUUUGUCAACAUCUGGCUGAACAUGGAGAAGCAGCAGUGAAAAGGACACAUUUCUCUCCUUUUACUUCUGACCCUGAAAAAAGUAAAUGCAUUCAAGGAGGACAAUAUUACAAAUUGUGUAUUCAAGGUGUGCAGUGGAAUUAUCUGCAUCUAUGACCUUAGUUAGGGGCGAUUUAAAGAUAUGAUAUUAGAGACUAAUUCACCACCUUCAGCAGAAAUGUACAUGUAUACCCCUGCUUCUGUUUUCUCUAUAUCUUCUAUUUUUCACAGUCUGCUCUGCUCCUUUGUUUUAUUUAAACUAGUGCAGCACUGUCACGUCAAGCCAGAGAGAGACUUUUAAUGGUGUCGUCAGAACUUCACCUCCUCUGGUGGUGAAGAAACGUAGUGAUGAUACUUUAUCUCCCUCUAAUGGUGAACGAGAGAGCUGCACAAAACCGCUGAGAGUGGCCACAUCACCUCCCCACAAUACACAGAUUUCUCUUUCGUCCUGUGUUUGGUAGGUUAAUGUAAAAUCUCUGCAAGGUUAAAAAGCCCAAAGUCCUUUGUAAUCAGAGCUCCUCUCCACCACAGACAAAAAUGAAGCUCACAAGAUGUGUUUAUAUGUGUGAAUGAAAGAAUAAGUUUUCCCUUAAUGUGUCUUGAAUGGACGAUUCUUGUCCCCGGUGGUGUGGCUGCAUGUGACUGAAGUUAAUCCACACAUUUAAAAUAAAUAAAUAAAAAGGGAUGUUGGUGGAAUUAUGGACAAGAAGGUCACUCACACACACACACAUGCACACACACGUUGCAUUCUGCAGGACGAGGACAGGGAUGCAAUCACCACAGUAAUCCUCACUGCUGGCAUGAUGAAAUGGCCAAAACGAGAGAUCAGCGGACACACACCCACACAACCACACACACACACACACACUCAGUAGACUGAUUCGAGGGCAGCAGUGUACCUGUGAACAUGUAACAUGUGACUGUUCCUGAUGAGCAAUUCAAUGCCAUUGAUCUGUCAGCAGGAUUACUCAAAACUACUCAGAGGAUUCCAUGAACAUUUUUGCGUGACCAAAAGAAGAAACCCUAAAAAUGUGGAUCUGGAUAAAAGGGCGUAGCCAGGAUUUUUAUUCUUAUCUAACCAUGGUGAAAUAGGGCGUUAGCCAUGGCGCUUUCCGAGUGAGUAAAAUCCACUUGACAACAUGUCUGGUUGUGACUUUGACGUUAUCGCAAGAAGUUGUGAUGAACUGCAUCAUAUUUGAAGGAUAAGUACGAAUCUAUAGUCGAUGAUUCUAAAGUCCAAACAUAAAGACGUCCACAACAUAAACAAGUCACAAGAGGGCAGAAUCAUAACAGCCAGUUACAGAUGUUAUUAUAAUAAGACCAUUAUUAAAAGAUCCUGAUUUUGAUUUUGAUUCCAGUUUCUGCGUCCUGCACAUCACAUGUUUUUUAUGAUGUAAUGAAUGUUAAUAAUAAUAAAUCUUAAAUCUUG